AUGCAGUUUGUCGGCAGAUACGCCGCGCUGGACUUGGGCGGCUCUUUCGGUCGCUCGGCACUAUGGCGCGAAAUCCUACAGCCUCCUCUGUUGUUGGCAUGGGGGUACGACGCUGCAAUCCAUGGCAGCCUCACGUCUUCAACUGGAAGACGCACUCUAGAGACCAAACAAACCGCCUGGUUCGGAGCGUAUUCGACAGGCCAAGAGCCGUACAGCAUCCCGGCCAAAGACAAAUUAUCGGGCGUCUUUUCCUCUCCCUUCCUCCAAGAUAACCUGCGCCGCAAACAAGACCCAUCCUUGGCCUUCUACGGUAUCCAUCCUUUGAACCCACGCUCCAUAGCAGCAACCUAUUGGGAAAUCGCAACAGCAACGAAUUGGGAAAACGGAGCCGCCAAGUGA